CUCGGCUGCGGCAGCGGACUGCGGACUCAAGAUGCGCCCCAAAGAGCAGGGACAGGGCUGCGCCGGGGAUGGGCCGGGGUCCGGUUCCGGGUCCGGUUCCGGGCCCGGUUCCGGGGACCCAGCAACAGUUACCCCGGCUCCCCCGCCGGUAGCCAGUCCUACUCCAGAGCCCGAGCCCGCCCCCACGCAGGCACCGGGGACUGGACAGGGGACAGGUUCCCGAGCAGCCUCAGGAUCCCAAUCCGGAUCUCGCCCGGCCUCCCAGACUGGAGCCAAGACGGGAGCCCAGCGCCCAUCUGGCCAGUCCGUGCCUGACAACUCGGAUGCGCCGUGGACCCGCUUUAUAUUCCAAGGGCCCUAUGGUCCCAAGGCCACUGGCCUGGGGACUGGAAAGGCGGCGAGCAUCUGGAAGACACCUGCCGCCUACAUUGGCAGGCGUCCUGGGGUGUCCGGCCCUGCGCGCGCCGCAUUCAUUCGAGAACUGGAAGAAGCGCUCUGUCCUAACCUACCUCCAGUCAAGAAGAUCACCCAAGAAGAUAUCAAAGUGAUGUUAUAUUUGCUGGAGGAGAGAGAGCGGGACCUGAAUACAGCAGCUCGCAUUGGCCAGUCUCUGGUGAAACAGAACAGUGUUUUGAUGGAGGAGAACAGCAAGCUGGAAGCCAUGCUGGGCUCGGCCAGGGAGGAGAUUUUACACCUCAGACACCAGGUGAACUUGCGGGAUGACCUCCUUCAGCUCUAUUCAGACUCUGAGGAUGAGGACGAGGAUGAAGAAGAGGAGGAGGAAGAAGAGAAUGAAGAAGAGGAACAUGAAGGAGAGGAAGAGCGAAAGCAUGAUCAUCCCUAUGAUGCCCGCAAGCCGACCCCUCAGGAGGAGUCCCGGCACCACUGCCCACAGCUGGAAGCCCUGCAGAAGAAGCUGAGGAUGCUCGAGGAGGAGAACGACCAGCUAAGAGAGGAGGCCUCUCAACUGGACACCCUGGAGGAUGAGGAGCAGAUGCUCAUCCUGGAAUGUGUGGAGCAGUUUUCCGAGGCCAGCCAGCAGAUGGCCGAGCUGUCAGAGGUGCUGGUGCUCAGACUGGAGAACUAUGAACGGCAGCAGAAGGAGAUUACCCAGCUGCAGGCCCAGAUCGCGAAGCUGCAGCAGCGCUGCCAGUCGUAUGGGGCUGAGACUGAGAAGCUGCAGCAUCAGCUGGCCUCGGAGAAGGGAGUCCAUGUGCACCCCCAGGAAGAGGACCUGCGGGAGAAGUAUUCGGACUGCGGGGGUGUAGUGUUUGAGCGCCCGGAGGAGGUGAAGACCCUCCGCCAACAUGUUGUGGCACGCCCUGGCUCUGUCACCCACUAUGCGUACACUGUGCCUCUGGGGGCAAUUCCAAAUCUCCCACAGACCCUGGCUGAGGAGCUCAGAACGUCUCUAAGGAGGAUCAUUUCGGACCCUGCGUAUUUUAUGGGCAGGAAUUAUGGGAUGCCAGCACGGGAAACGUCCAACCUGGGAUAUGACCCCCGCUACAGGGAGGAGCGAGAGCAGGAGCAGGAAUUCAAGGCUGAGCAGGGCUUGAUGCCUGCAGAGAAUCUCAUGCCGCCUGAGGAUUUUGAGCCUGCAGAGGAGUUGGUGCCUGAGGAGGAGCUGGGGGCCAUAGAGGAGGUGGGGCCAGCUGAGGAAGGACUGUCGGAAGAUGCUGAGCUGGUGUCUGAGGACACUGAGGCCUGGGAGGAGGUGGAGCCCGAGGUGGAUGAGGCCACACGGAUGAAUGUGGUGACCUCAGCCCUGGAGGCCAGCGGCCUGGGCCCUUCUCGCCUGGACAUGAAGUAUGUCCUCCAGCAACUAGCCAACUGGCAAGAUGCCCAUUACAGGCGGCAGCUGAGGCAGAAGAUGCGCCAGAAAGAAGAGCUCUCCCGCGACGGCCUCCCUCCGACCAGCCGGACCAGCUGCAGAUCAUCCAGCCGAUGAGAGGGGAGGGUAGGCGAGCCUCCCAGUGCUCACUUACCCCACCCCGGCCCCACCCAGCGUGCUGAUUUGCAUGGACUCUGCAUAUCAUUUGCAUAGGUACCUCAGGUCCCCCUCAAGGGGAACUGUGGUCCCGAUGCUCGUUUUUGUGGAAUCUGCUUAGAAGUCCAGCUUUCCACCCACUUUUCUCCUGCGGGCUGGACUGGGGGUCAGGGCUGGGACUGUGUCCUCCCCCAGUGCUCCUCAGCUUCCUAUCUGUCCACCCCUCCCCCACCCUCGGCCCUACCCACUCUGUCCCCAGGGCUCCCCAACCCUGCGGCCGUAGGCCCAGUUGCUCACCCAGGACUGGAGGCUGGAGGAGGACAGGGCCAGCCACCCUCCCAGGGGCUGGGAGGAAAAGGGGCCUUUGGGGCCACUGAGGCAGGCCAUUGAUAUGAAGGCCUUCAGUAGCAAGGGCCACAGCUGGAGAAGUCC